AUCUAAAUUUCAAACCAGCUAACGGUCCAUAAAACCCACGUUCAGUUCAUUCCCAUCAGAUCACAAAGCCACUCUCCUAUAUAAUAUUAACCCCGACAACCACAGGCACCUUCCUACCAAAACAGAAAAAAAAAAAGACAUUUUCCCACCUUCCCCGCUAGCUCUGAGCUCAACCUCAAGCUCUGCGCACACCACCAUGACUCUCGAAAGUAUCCCAUUGACAGCGAUGGAUUUGAAGACCGCGGAUGGGGCUCGGAGGAAUUCGACGCUAAUUUGUGCGCCGGUGAUGGCGGAAUCAGUCGAUCAGAUGCUAGUUUUGACGCAAAAGGCGAAGGAGCUCGGCGCUGACCUUGUAGAAUUCCGGUUGGACUAUCUGAAGAACUUCAGUCCUCGCCGGGAUCUUGAAAUUCUCAUCAAGCAAUCUGCCUUGCCCACUCUUAUAACUUACAGGCCAAAAUGGGAAGGAGGUCAAUAUGAUGGUGAUGAACAAAAGCGGCAGGAGGCAUUGCGUCUUGCCAUGGAAUUGGGAGCUGAUUUUAUAGAUGUAGAACUUCAGGUUGCUCAAGAAUUUUACAAUUCCAUUCAAGGGAAAAAGCCAGGCAAGGUCAAAAUCAUAGUAUCUUCUCACAACUAUCAAAAUACUCCAUCCGUUGAGGAUAUUGGCAAUCUUGUGGCAAGAAUACAGGCUACUGGAGCUGAUAUAGUAAAGAUUGCAACAACUGCCUUGGAUAUAACAGACUCAGCGCGUAUAUUUGAAGUACUAGUGCAUUCUCAAGUCCCAACAAUCGGACUUGUUAUGGGAGAGAAAGGUCUGAUUUCACGUAUACUUUGUGCCAAAUUUGGUGGAUUUCUCACUUUUGGUACACUUGAGGCUGGAGUAAUAUCAGCUCCUGGGCAACCGACUGUAAAAGAUUUGUUGGAUUUAUACAAUUUCAGACAGAUUGGUCCUGAUACAAAAGUACAUGGUGUGAUUGGAAAUCCUAUUGGUCAUAGCAAGAGUCCUCAUUUAUACAACCCAUCAUUUAAGUCAGCUGGUUUUAAUGGAAUUUAUUUGCCUUUGUUGGUUGAUAGCGUCCCAAAUUUUCUCAAUACCUAUUCAUCCCCCGAUUUUGUUGGAUACAGUUAUACAAUUCCUCACAAAGAGGCUGGGCUUAAAUGCUGUGAUGAGAUCGAUCCAAUUGCACAAGCAAUAGGAGCUAUAAGUUGCAUGAUAAGGAGACCAAAUGAUGGGAAGUUAAUAGGUUAUAACGUUGACUAUCUUGGAGCUAUUGCUGCUAUUGAGGAAGGGCUACGAGCUUCAACUAGUACGAACCAUGUAUCUAGUUCACCCUUGGCUGGCAAACUUUUUGUUGUCAUUGGAGCUGGUGGUGCAGGAAAGGCACUUGCCUAUGGUGGAUAUGAAAAGGGAGCGAGAGUAGUAGUCGCCAAUCGCACAUAUGAGAAGGCUAAAGAACUUGCCAGUAAAGUUGGGGGAAAGGCCAUCACUCUUGCUGAAUUAGAUAAUUUCUAUCCGGAAGACGGGAUGAUUCUUGCAAACACAACAUCUGUGGGAAUGAAACCAAAAACUGAUGCCACGCCCAUAUCUAAGAAAGUUCUGAGCCAUUAUUCCCUGGUUUUUGAUGCCAUUUAUACACCAAAAUGGACUAGACUUUUGCAAGAAGCAAAGGAAUCUGGAGCUGCUGUUGUUUUUGGAACAGAGAUGUUUAUCAAUCAAGCAUUUGUACAGUUUCAAAAGUUCACUGGUUUGCCUGCUCCAAAAGAACUUAUUAGGGAAAUCCUGGCAAGAAACACAUGAUAAGGAAUUUGCCCAGUUUAGCUCUAUUUCGCAACUCGAUGGUGGAUCUAUGUUCUUCCAGCGCAGCUCGAUGGUGGAUCUAUAUUCUUCCAGCACAACUAAUUCAUUUCACUUUCAAAUUUUAUGAGAGGCUGUUCAGUUUUUCCAUUGUAGCAAUAAAUCUCCAUUUUCUUUUAUGAAAGAUCCGUGAGCGUGAAUGCUAAAAAUUUUCAACGAAUGCUGAAAUUUCAUAUGUUAUGGGCCUUUAAGUGGUCGUGUAAGGAGUGGAACCACAAGAAGGGAUUCAUGCAGCUGACCUCAAAUUGCACGUUGGGAUGAGGCUUUUGAGUCACUUUUUAUAUAUUAAUGGAAGAAAUACUUUCUCCUUGAUUUGAA